CCCGCCGCCUUCUUCAUCAUGCUCUCCUCGCGAGUCAUUGUCUUGACUUUCCUGGAGCGAAGGAGUGCGCACACACUCGCUGGAGCCGUCUUCCGUCGACCGCUUCGCCUGUUGCUCCCCAUCCUCUUCUCCCUCGCCCUCCCCUCCAUCGUGGGCGCUGCGGGGGGUUUCAAGAAUGCGCAACGAUUGAGCGAGAUCACGGCCAACUCUGCUGCCAUACCACCGGCUGUAUUUCCCAAUUUUCUCGAGUAUUUCAACUCGAUCUUCACCCUCUUCUUCGAUACGCAGCCAUACAAGUCGGAUCGCGGCAUCGCCUACACCCCCUUGAGUGGGCUCUCCUGGGUCAUCCCCGUCAUCUUCUCGCAGUCAUUCACCGUCUACGUCUUUGCGGCCCUACUCCCCUUUAUCAGCCUGCGCGCAAAAGUCUGGGGCUUCCCGGGCUUCAUUAUUGUCACCUACUGGCUCGGAUCGUGGGCAUGGUACAACUUGACGGCCCUGCAGCUGGCCGAGUUCACGCUCGUCUACCUUCCCCUCGCCCAGUCGAAGCGCAAAUUAUACAUCCCACCUGCGAUCCUCCUCGUACUGGGCCUCGCACUCAAGUGGGCCUGGGCAUCCAAUCCUGCUCACCGCAACGACGAGUACAUCUACCACACGGACAAGAGCUACGGUGGCCUGAAUCGCUACCUCAACGCCAACCUUCAGCCCUACCCGCGCGUCGACGAUUUCUUCGUCGUGGCAGGCAGCAUGGCCCUGCUUGACCUCAACGCAGUAGCGCAACGCAUCUUUGCCAAUCCGGUCUUCCGCUACUUGGGGCGUAUCAGCUUCAUGCUCUUCCUCACAUCGGGCACAGUCUGCCUAGCGCUGGGCAGCAAGCUGACCGUAGUUCUCCGCGAUCAACGUGGCAUGACCAGCGAGUCGAGCAUCCUGGCGGCUCUGUUCUUUGCGUGUAUACCGCUGAGCCUCGUCGUCGCUGAAAUUUGCUACUGGCUCGUGGAAUGGCCCAGCUUCGUGGCCGCGAGAUGGCUAUUCCGCUGGAUCAGGGUGUGAGCA